AUGAAGUUUACUCCAAGCAUAGUUAUUGAUGCCCCGGAAUAUUACGUUGACCAUUUUAAUGGCAAAUAUAACGUGGAUAAAUGCGUUAUUUUAAGAGAUCUGCAGCUUGAAACUGACUCAGAAUCUAUGCCAUCUAGUUUGAAGCAUUUGGCCAAACCUGCGCAUAUCAUAGAUUUGACAAAUAAUGACCUUAUCAUGGUCCCGGAUCUUUCUAGUAGAGAGGAUAUACAUACAUUAUUGUUGGCUCGAAACAAUAUUGUUGAUGUAGACGGUCGUCUAUUACCAAUGAAUAUAGAGAACCUCAUAUUAUCAAGUAAUAGCAUAAAAAGGUUUGAAGAGCUCCAAAGAUUGCGCAAAGCGCCCAAGACUUUAAAGAACCUAGUAUUGGUAGGAAACCAAGUCUGCCAUUUAGCCAACUAUAGGGAACAAGUACUUCGAUUAGUACCGCAAUUGGAAAGUUUAGACUUCCAAAACGUAACAGCCGAAGAACGAAAGAAUGCUACGAAGGUUUCUAUAGGGGCAGAUGGUGAGAAAUUAAGACCAAUUGGUGUUCUAGCUAAAGAUAAUGGCACCAGGGAUAAGACGAUGGAAAUCAUGAAUUUGGUCGUAAGCAAGAUGACGGUAGAGAGAAGAAAUGAACUAAAAAAGCAACUAGCGGAAGCUACGUCGAUAGAAGAAAUUGCCAGAUUGGAAAAAGUACUCUCAGGUGGUGUUUAG